UAAAUGGCCUCUAGGUAGUGGGCUGUGAGUUUCAUGUAGCAGUUUGCCUGAAACUUUGUUGUAAACACCAGCCCCUUAGGGUCUCCAUUAACAGGAUUUUAUAUCCUGUAACAAAACUUUCCCAUUGAAAAAGUCUAGAGUGAAUUGAAAGUUGGACGGUAUGGUUCAAAGAUUCUAGGAACCGAAGCUUGGAUGUUCAAUGCAGGAAACAGACUGCAAAGACAAAGAAGAGAUGCAGAAUCUAUGUGCUACAAAUGGGGGAACAGAGCAGUGCUGUGGGGAGCACAGAAGGGGACUGAAGUUGUUCUGCCAGGAGGAUGAGGCCUUUAUCUGUGUCCUGUGUGUUCCUAGACAUUCCGGUCACAGUUUUGUGUUCCUUCAUGAAGCAGUCAGUAUGUAUAAGGACAAGCUGAAAACAUCCUUAUCAUCCCUGGAACUAGAAGUCAAAGUUCUUAAAGAUUUAGAAAUCAAGAAUGAGACAGAAUUCCAGAAGAUACAAGACAAGAUGAUAAAAUCCUUGUCAUCCCUGGAACUAGAAGUCAAAGAUCUUAACUAUUUACAAACCAAGAAUGACACUGAAUUCCUGAAGAUACAAAAAGUAUACUAGAGCUUUGGAACUGAUUUCAAAACAUUCAGAGCAUUUUUUUUCUACGACUUCCCACUUCCACAAAUGGAAUGCAGCUUCUUAUAGAACAUGAUUUUCAUAAAUAGGAUC